AUGUAUCGCGCAUCAAAUCAGCUGAUUUGCACGUUUCUACGAUGCGGGCGACGUCUUGGUGCAAACUCCUCCCUGGGCCAGGUUGUACGUCUAGAGGAGCUGCUGAAGAAGAGCCGCGAGGAAGUGAUCGAUAUCUGGCUGGCGUACCACUCAGAUGCUCAGGGCUGCCGGGUAGGCUCCGUCCUCAGUUCCCAAGAGUGCGACACUUUUGCUGCUCGCGCCGCGGAGAGCCCCAUGUUCGUACUACCGUUGUCCAAGCCCGCGGGUUAUGAGACCCUUCUGGUCCAAUGCCAGAUGCCGUACGUGCUGGUGACGGGGCUGGAGGAGUUUAAGAGGUCGGCCCGCACCGUCACGGAGCUCCUCCGCGCCUUCUACAUCAGCUCCGAGGACUACCAGCUGGUACACACCUUCAACCACCAGCCAGCCAAAUUUGAUUUUGGUGCGCUGCUUCGAAAGCUGAACAUCCAGGCGUGA